AUGCAAAUAGAGAAAGGUUACUGGGGCCAGAUCAUCCGCACCUUUGUGGAUGAUGCUUUCUCAGUGAAGCUGCAGGGAAAAGCCAAAUAUGUCACCAGUGCCACAGUCAUAAUUUUUCUGGCAUUAAGCUGUCAUCUAUUUUUGGUGCAGAUAAAUACUGAGGAACAUGUAGAUGCAGCUGAUCAGGAGGUUAUCAUAUGGGACCGUAAGAUUCCUGAGGACAUCCUGAAGGAAAUCGCUACCCCCAAGGAGGUACCAGCAGAAAGCGUUACUGUCUGGAUCGAUCCACUGGAUGCUACACAGGAGUAUACAGAGGAUCUUCGAAAGUAUGUCACUACUAUGGUGUGUGUGGCUGUGAAUGGUAAACCUGUGCUAGGAGUAAUACAUAAGCCAUUUUCUGAAUACACAGCUUGGGCCAUGGUAGAUGGUGGGUCCAACGUGAAAGCCCGCACUUCCUACAACGAGAGGACCCCGAGGAUCGUUGUGUCACGCUCCCAUUCAGGAAUGGUCAAGCAGGUUGCUCUUCAGACUUUUGGAAACCAGACCACCAUUAUCCCAGCUGGUGGUGCCGGUUAUAAAGUCUUAGCACUCUUGGAUGUACCCGAUAAGAGUCAAGAAAAAGCUGAUCUGUAUAUCCAUGUGACAUACAUCAAAAAAUGGGAUAUAUGUGCUGGCAACGCCAUCUUAAAAGCCCUUGGGGGGCAUAUGACUACCCUGAGUGGUGAAGAAAUCAGUUACACUGGGUCCGACGGCAUUGAAGGAGGGCUCCUUGCCAGCAUCAGAAUGAACCACCAAGCCCUGGUCAGAAAACUGCCAGAUCUAGAGAAGACAGGACAUAAAUAAGCAAAGCUGAUGACAGGUCACAGUUCUUCCCAAGUUGAGCGGUCCGCCGAAACGCCGGGGGCUUCAAAGCAUCGGUGCAGACUAUGCAUGGUUAAGGCCAUCCUGAACUUUCUGAAGUAUUUAUGAAGCAUCAGAGACUUAUUUUCCCUG